GGUUUUUGGGAGCCCCAGGCUCGUGGGCGGGAGAGUAAGAGCAAGCUCGAGAAACUCCGCUGCCCGCGCUCCCCCCCCACCGGUGCCCGUCGUCUCGCGCCGUGACGUCACAUCGGCAUGAGCUGUCCCCGCCGUGCUGGUGCUGAAAACAAGAUGGCUGUGCGCGUGCGAGCGGAGAACUAACGACCCGAACAGUCAGUUUCACGAGACGUCCCGAAGAGUACAGAAACCCGCACGGAUAAGAGAAGAAACUAAAGGCUUGAAGCAUUGGAGUUGGAAAUCUUUUGAAUUUUUUUUAAUACACAAAAGGCGUCGGGGGAGGAGUGUGUGUGUGCGCGCGCGUGUGUGUGCGUGUGUGUGUGUGUGUGUGUGUGGGUGGGUGUGUGUGUGUGCGCUGAACGCGGGGCGUGUGUAAACCGAACAUCACCGAAUCACGGCACGUCCAGGCUGUCCCGUUCUCGACCGGUCAUCUGGUAGAGGACAGCGGAGGACAGCAAAAACACACCGACACUCUGAGAAGCGAUGUCACUUCUGUGUGUUGGGGUGAAAAAAGCCAAGCUGGAUGGACCCCAAGAGAAGUUUAACACAUAUGUGAGUCUGAAGGUACAGAAUGUUAAGAGCACAACGAUCGCAGUGCGGGGCAACCAGCCAAGCUGGGAGCAGGACUUCAUGUUUGAGAUAAACCGGUUGGAUCUGGGUUUGACAGUGGAGGUGUGGAAUAAAGGUCUGAUCUGGGACACCAUGGUUGGCACUGUUUGGAUUCCGCUGCAGAGCAUCCGCCAAUCAAAUGAAGAAGGUCCAGGGGAAUGGCUGACUCUGGACUCCCAGGUCAUCAUGGAUGAUAAUGAGAUCUGCGGCACCAAAGACCCAACAUUCCAUCGGGUUCUGCUCGACACACACUUCGAACUGCCUCUGGAUAUCCCAGAAGAGGAAGCUCGCUACUGGGCAAAGAAACUGGAACAGCUCAAUGCCAUGAGAGACCAAGAUUACUCGUACCAGGAGCAGCAGGAGAGGCCACUUCCUGUUCCCGGGGGCCAAUGCUGUAACUGGAAUUUGUGGGGAGACCAGCAAAACGAAGACCCAGAUAGCGCAGUGGAUGAUCGGGACAGUGAUUACCGCAGUGAGACAAGUAACAGCAUCCCACCACCGUUCUAUAGCACGUCACAGCCCAACGCCUCAGUCCACCAGUAUCCCAUGGGUCAGCAGCAUCGCUCCAACCGAGCCACAUAUACCCGCUCUAUCCACAGUUGUGACAUCAUCGACUACGACCACCAGAGAGCUAUCAGUCCGGCAGGAAGCUAUGCAUCAUCAGCAGAGUUGAGCCACUGCAGCUCACAGCUAAGUGAGGAAGAGUACUGUGAGCGGGAACUGUAUGACGAGAAUGACUCUUACCACUCAUGUCACUCAUCCGUUUCCUACAGCAAAGGAUCUCCUGACUGGGAGCCAGAAGAGACAACAGGUGCCUACAGUGAUGAGGGUGCCUACAACAAAGAUGGUGGUGAGGAAGGUGCCCUUUAUGAAGAUGGUGACCCAUAUGCUGAAGAUGCAGACAUGUACGAAGGUGAGGAGGAGGACUUUAACUAUAAUGAUGAAGAUCUGUACCCUGUGGAUGAGGCUCUGAGUGAAGAUCAGGAGCCUCCAUACACCCCGACCCCUACCAGCACUGCACCUAAAUUGGGUGUGCCAUCAGCCUCCAGGCCACCACUGGAGAAACAGCCAUCCCUGCAUCAGCAUCCACCAACCCAGCAGGCACCACAGGGCCAGAAUGCAAACCAAAUGGCCAGUCCAGCCCCUACACAACUAACAAAUCAAGCUCCUACCCAACCACCACCAACCAAUCAAGCUUCAACCAAACCAAACCAAACACAGCAGCAACCUAGGCCACCGCUUCAGCAACAGCAUUCCACAGGUCCCAUCCCAUCUGUCCAGUCCUUUUUUGCUAUGGCUAAACCACUAACUGCUGUUUUUGGGUUGGGUGGAUCUAUGUCAAUGUCCUCACCGCCUCCCGCACCUACACCCCAACCCCAACGACCACAACCACAACCUGCAGCACCUCAGCCCCAAGCUGCACCAGUCCAACCUCCUGCAUCUGGAGUCCAGCAAGAAACUUUAGCCCAAGCCAAACCCAUAGAAUCUCCAACCCAGCCUCCCACAACCACCGCUCAACCCUUAUCCCCUGUAGCGAAGCCUACCACACCAAAGGAGGAAACACAGGUCAUUGAGGAGCCAACAGUGCAAGAACAGUCCACUCCAGUGGAUGAGGAGUUUCCUGUAGAAGGUUCUCCUCUUGAGGAAAAAGAGCGAGAUGUCACCUCUCCAACACCACCACCAGAGGAGAAGGAACCAGAGACUGAACAGGCAGACAGAGAGCCGGAGAUUGAGGAGGUGAAGGAGCCUGUAGACCCAGCCGUACGAGCUAAAGAGAACUGGCUACGGCUGUUCAACAAGGUCCAACAGCAGCUGCGGGAGGAACGGGGAGAAACAGAUUCUCAGUCUCUUUGGUUUGGAAAGGGCGGAAUGGGAGGAGCUUUGUACAGCAUAGACAGCAUGCCUGACCUACGCAAGAGGAAAGCUAUUCCAUUAGUACGGGACUUGGCUAUGUCUUUGGUUCAGAACUCUCGUAAAGCUGGAAUAACAUCUGCUAUGGCAUGUAGCACACUCAACAACGAGGAACUGAAGAGUCACGUGUAUAAGAAGACCUUGCAGGCUCUGAUCUACCCCAUCUCCUGCACAACCCCCCACAACUUUGAGGUGUGGACAGCCACUACCCCCACCUACUGUUACGAGUGUGAGGGGCUGCUUUGGGGUAUCGCCCGGCAGGGCAUGCGCUGCACCGAGUGUGGGGUCAAAUGCCACGAUAAGUGCCAGGAUCUGCUCAAUGCAGACUGCCUACAGAGAGCUGCUGAGAAGAGCUCUAAACACGGUGCAGAGGACCGCACUCAGAACAUCAUCAUGGUCCUGAAGGACCGCAUGAAGAUCCGUGAACGCAACAAACCCGAGAUCUUCGAGCUUAUCCAGGAGGUGUUUGGCGUGGUCAAGACAACCCAUGCGACCCAGAUGAAGCAGAUUAAGCAGAGCGUCCUGGACGGGACGUCUAAAUGGUCAGCCAAGAUCAGCAUCACAGUGGUCUGUGCUCAAGGACUACAAGCCAAGGAUAAGACUGGCUCCAGUGAUCCCUACGUCACUGUCCAGGUGGGAAAGACCAAAAAAAGGACCAAAACCAUCUACGGCAACCUCAAUCCUGUCUGGGACGAGAGUUUCCACUUCGAGUGCCACAACUCAUCCGAUCGCAUAAAGGUGCGAGUGUGGGACGAAGACGAUGACAUUAAAUCCCGUGUGAAACAACGGUUCAAACGAGAGUCUGAUGACUUCUUGGGUCAGACCAUCAUCGAGGUCCGGACUCUUAGCGGAGAAAUGGAUGUGUGGUACAACUUGGACAAGCGCACAGAUAAAUCGGCCGUGUCUGGAGCCAUCCGCAUGCACAUCAGUGUAGAAAUUAAAGGAGAGGAAACAGUGGCUCCAUACCACGUCCAGUAUACCUGCCUACAUGAGCACCUAUUCCAUUACACCACCGAAGAGCAGAACGGCGGAGUGGUGAAGAUCCCUGACGCUAAAGGAGAUGAUGCCUGGAAAGUUUAUUUUGAGGAGACGGCGCAGGAGAUCGUGGACGAGUUCGCCAUGAGAUACGGAGUGGAGUCCAUCUACCAAGCCAUGACGCACUUUGCAUGUUUGUCAUCUAAGUACAUGUGUCCUGGAGUGCCAGCUGUGAUGAGCACCCUGCUAGCCAACAUCAACGCUUACUACGCCCACACCACGCAGUCCUCCAACAACGUCUCUGCUUCAGACCGGUUCGCCGCCUCCAACUUCGGGAAAGAGAGGUUUGUGAAGCUCCUGGACCAACUUCAUAACUCUCUGAGAAUUGACCUCUCUAUGUACAGGAAUAAUUUCCCUGCUAGCAGUCCUGAGCGACUACAGGACCUAAAGUCAACUGUAGAUCUACUCACUAGCAUCACCUUCUUCAGGAUGAAGGUCCAGGAGCUGCAAAGCCCUCCUCGAGCCAGUCAGGUGGUUAAGGACUGUGUGAAGGCCUGUCUGAACUCUACAUAUGAGUACAUCUUCAACAACUGCCAUGAGCUCUACAGUCGCGAAUAUCAGACAGAUGCGUCUAAGAGUGUUCCUCCAGACGAGCAGGGCCCCAGCAUCAGGAACCUGGACUUCUGGUCCAAACUCAUCACUCUUAUAGUUUCCAUUAUAGAGGAGGACAAGAACUCCUACACACCCUGCCUUAACCAGUUUCCUCAGGAGCUGAACGUCGGGAAGAUCAGCGCAGAGGUCAUGUGGAACAUGUUCGCUCAGGAUAUGAAGUAUGCCAUGGAGGAGCACGAGAAGAACCGGCUGUGUAAGAGCGCAGAUUACAUGAACCUUCACUUCAAAGUCAAGUGGCUCUACAAUGAGUACUGCAAAGAGCUGCCGUGCUCCAAAGGCUGCGUGCCCGAGUACCCUACUUGGUUCGAACCAUUUGUGAUCCUUUGGUUGGAUGAAAAUGAGGAAGUGUCCAAGGACUUCCUGAACGGUGCCCUAGUGAGGGACGCAAAGGACGGGUUCCAGCAGACGUCGGAGCAUGCCCUGUUCUCCUGCUCGGUGGUUGAUGUUUUCUCUCAGCUGAAUCAGAGCUUUGAGAUUAUCCGGAAGCUGGAGUGUCCUGACCCUCAGAUUGUUGGCAACUAUAUGAAGAGAUUUGCCAAGACUAUUGGGACUGUACUUUUGUCUUACGCUGAAAUCAUUGCCAAGGAUUUUCCCAACCACUGCAAUAAGGAGAAAGUGCCUUGCAUCAUCAUUAAUAACAUCCAGCAGAUCCGAGUGCAGCUGGAGAAGAUGUUUGAGGCCAUGGGGGGCAAAGAUCUGAAUGUGGAGGCCAGUGACUUCCUGAAGGAGCUGCAGGUCAAAUUGAACAAUGUGAUGGACGACCUGAGCAGGAUCUUUGCGGUCAGUUUCCAGCCCAACAUCGAGCAGAAUGUGAAACAGAUGGGCGACAUCCUGAGCCAGGUGAAAGGUGCUAACGUUCCUGCAAACGGAAACGGCAGCCUCACACAGGACGCUGACAACGUGCUUCAGCCCAUCAUGGACUUCCUGGACAGCAAUUUAACAUUAUUUGCCAAGAUCUGUGAGAAGACGGUGCUGAAGCGGGUCCUCAAGGAGCUGUGGAAGCUGGUCAUGAACACCAUGGAGAAAACCAUCGUUCUUCCUCCUCUUACUGACCAAUCCGGCACACAGCUCAUCUUCUCAGCAGCUAAAGAGUUGGGUCAGCUGUCCAAGCUAAAGGAGCAUAUGGUGCGAGAGGAAGCCAAGGCACUCAGCCCCAAACAGUGUGCAGUUAUUGAGCUGGCACUGGACACCAUAAAGCAAUACUUCCAUGCCGGUGGUGUGGGCCUGAAGAAGACAUUUUUGGAGAAAAGCCCGGACCUGCAGUCUCUGCGCUACGCUCUAUCACUCUACACACAAGCCACGGACAAACUCAUCCGCAAAUUCAUCCAGUCACAGCACAAUCAGGUUCAUGGAGGUAAAGGGGUGAGGUGCACUCCGAGUGAGGAUGUGUACCCAGAGAAGGCCUCGGGUGUGGAUGAGGCUGUGGGAGAGGUGUGCAUGACAGUGGAACUCCUCAGUGACCCUAACAGCGGUGGACACAAAAUCAACAUCAAAGUGGUGGCAGCCAAUGACCUGCGCUGGCAGACUCAAGGCAUAUUCCGGCCCUUCGUGGAGGUCUACAUCAUCGGACCUCACCUGAGCGACAAGAAGAGGAAGUUCGCCACCAAGUCCAAGAACAACAGCUGGUCCCCAAAGUUUGCAGAGUCCUUUCAAUUUGUCCUGGGCAGUGAGCUGGGUCCUGAGAACUAUGAGCUGCAGGUGUGUGUGAAGGACUACUGCUUUGCACGAGAGGACCGUACAGUCGGCAUGGCUGUGCUGCAGCUAAAAGACCCGGUACUGCGAGGUGGCGGAGCCUUCUGGUUACCCCUGGGCAAACGUGUGCACAUGGACGAGACAGGCCUUACCGUGCUGCGAAUCCUCUCACAGCGCAACAACGAUGACGUGGCCAAAGAGUUUGUCAAGUUAAAAUCGGACCAGCGAUCGGCCGAGGAGGGCCGCGGGAGUUAGGAAAAUGAAGAUCUGUGUUUCCACAGAACAUGCACAGGAAUGAAAAAAUGCACACAUACACACAUCAACAUGCACCAAGUGAACAGGAGACAGUCUGUUUAGUAAACACUGACUUGUAUAGAGACUAAUGUGAGUUAGAGAAACACUGUUGUGCCUCAUCAGUGGCAUAACAUAAAUCUCUGCUUAAGCACUAAAGCAAUCAAACCUGAUUCAAGCAAAUAAUGAUGUCAGAGGUGUCGCUCUUUCAUCUUUGCCUUUUUUUGUAAAGGGAACUCCGCUGUGACAUCUGAAAACGCAACAGUAUAGACACAUACAUGGCCAAGUCUCCUUUUUUUGUCCUGUCUCUACAGUAGACUGAAGCAUGCCUCAAAGCUUAUAGAAACAACAAUGAUGUGAUAAACAGCUUACAUAUUGAGAGUGAUUAGCGUCACACAAACAAAUUUUCCUAUGUGCUUUUUGACCCUCUGUCUUAAAAAAUGUCACUGUAAGAAACAUUAGCCAUUACUCAGUUGUGCAACGAGCAAAAGGCAGCACUAUAACGAUAUGUUAGCGAUCCACGCAUGGCUUUGAGUCGGCACAUUGAUCCUCCGUACUCUACUCUUACAUGUGUUGACCAGCAUGCUGCUCCUCCCUGCUUACCCACAAUGCAUUGCUGCUUACAGGAGCUACAUGAAUUUCUGUGUACUCUCUCCUUCACUCAUGUUUUAUAACCAGACAUCUGUAAAAAUCCAAAACAUAACGGGGCUCAGUAUUUUCUUGUUGUUUUGAAAAAGGAACUUUGCACUUAAGCCUCUGUUGCAUGUUUUUAAGUCCAGUCCCAGUUGCGUGUUUCUGUCCGUCUGUACGGUCCAGUCAGAACGUGCUGUUUCUGCUGUCCUCUGUUACGUCGUGCAUGAUGAAGCCAAGCCACUUUCACACUGUGACUCUAUCCUCAUGCUCGCCUCAGUCGCUGUGCAUUAUGGUACCUGGAAAUCUAAACCAAAACUGAUAGUUGGAGUCGUGAAGACUGAAUAUAGUAGCUGUUAUAGACCUCAAGUUCACAGUAAUAAAAAUGGGAUUGGGUUAUGUGGCAAAAAUAUCAGAAUAUCGCAAUACAGUUUAAUACAGUUCACUUUUCAAUUUAGGCUUGUGAAACAAAGUGCUAUCUGAAGAGUAAGGGCAUGACAAAAAACCUGUGGAAAAAUAUCAGUGCAGUGAUACUAAGGAUUUAAAUUGAAAAACUUUUAUAGAGCUAGAUUUUUACCCAUCAGUCAGCUGCUAUCGAUAACAUUGUUUAAUAUCACUGAUACGCACAAUACUCUCAGAAAUACAUACAGAUACAUAGUUUAUUAUAAUGUCUUAUAACUUGGGCAAGGAUGUUUUUUUAACAUCUUGGCGCUCUCUGGUGUCAGAUAGCUCAGCCUUUAAAUAACCUAAUAUUCAGAUUCUUGUUAUCAUACACCAAAACAUGAAUGGAGAUGAUAAAUUUACUACAUAAGGGAGACAUCUGUCUACAAACUGCUGGGUACAUCUUUGUAUGCUAGUGUUUAGCAGUGUCACCAAAUAUGGCUUUAAGAUAUCCUGUCAGAAAUUGUUAGGUUAGCUCAUGGCGAGCUGUCUAGUGUUAGCAAUUAGGAUUAUGAACAAUUCUCUCAGAAACUCCAAGCUGAUUCAUUCAAUUCAUAAACAAUAUGAAUAUGCUUUGAGAAAUCUCAGAAAUCCUGUCAGGUUAGCUAAUUUUUAGCUAGCUAUCAGGGUUAAGGCUGAGUGUUAUGAAUAUUUAUGAAUAUCUUUUUAAAACCUUUCAGAAAUCCUGUCAUCUAAUUUUUUUUUCUAACUACAGGAAGAUUAUUAACUUUAUGAAUAUGACUUUAAAGACUCCCUAAAAACCCGUCAGAGUAGUUAUUAUUUUCUAACUAGCAGGUAUAGCAAUGAAUUUAUGAAAAUCCUCCCAUAUUGUCAAAUUUAAAUAUGUCUUAAAAUCCUGUCAGAUUAGUUCAUUUGGGCUAUCUAGCUAUAGCAUGGAUACUAAACAUUUAUGAUUAUCUCUCCUGUCAAGUUAUUUUAUUUUAGCCAGCUAGGCAAAGGCAAUGCAUUUUAUGUUGUAAAUGAUUUCUUCAUUUUUCGCACAUUGACAGCUAUAAACAUGACUUAGAAUCCUGUCAGGUUAGCUAAUUCAUCAGGUUAGCUCAUGAGUGUUAGCUGGCCUUGAUCAUCACUGAAUAUUAUUAAUAAAUCUUGUCAUCUUAGUCAGUGUUAGCACGUUAUCAUUUAAAUGAUCAUUAAAGAUAAUUUCUGUAAUCCUGUCAGGUUAGCUUGUGCUACAUAACCAGCUAGAAGCAUCAUUUUAUUAUUAUAUUUUUAUUGUUAUAUUCUUUAUGGGGACUAUACUGAUCUGAAGAUUCUUCAGAUUUUCUGUGAAUAUAAGAAUUCUUUUUUUUUUUUUUUUUAAUUCAUUAAUUAAAUUGAAUAAUUGAAUUCAUUAAUUGAGAAUUCGGAGACUCCAGGCUGGAUUGUCAACAGUGUGACAUCUGAUGCCUGAGGUUCACAUUGCAGCUUUCUAAAAGUGUUACUCAAUAGUGUUCAGUGUGGCUGGAUCUUUAGUCCAGGAUUCUGCCAAAUAAAAGCACCUCGUCUCCGUCGCCUUGUCUAUGUCUGUACUUGUCAGAUUAUGGAUCAACCAGACUGAGUGUUUGUGGCAUGUGGACACAGCAGCUCUUUGCUUAUGUUUUAAUGUAAUCUAGUGUGAACUCGUCUGUCUUAAUUCUGCAGCAAUACUGAAGGCCGAAAUUAAAUCUAGAAACCGUGUAGAAAGUAAACCUGAAAACACACACAUACACACACACACACACACACACACACACACGCACGCACAUGCGCAUGCCAAAUAGAGUCUCUUAGUCAGGCACCCACCCAGGAGGAUGUGCAGGCCUGUACAAGCAACAAAAAUUGACAAUGAGUGUGUACACCAUGUUAGUUUUAGGAACAGUGUGAAGCACAGAACAGAGAUGUCACAGCCGCUGUUCCAGGCAUCCGAAGCGCAUCGUUAGCAUUGUUCUUGCACUUUUCACUUAAUGAUCAAUUCCAGAAGUGUUCUUGCCUCUUUGAGGGCUGUGUAUGUGGUCUUACGAGGGACAACAGCCAGUCAUAACUUGAUAGCCAUCCAAGUUUGCUUUUUUUACACCUAAACCAUAGUGCAAUUAAACAUAGUCACAGUGGAUAGCUUUGGACUAGAAUAUUAAAUGUUUACAAAGCAGAGUGUUUCAGCACAAAUCACUUGCACACACUUAUGUAAUUUACUGUUGGGAAGCAAAUAACAAAAUGGGUCGAGUUGAAGAGUUCAAUAGAAGUAGGUCUCAUAACAUUACAGUGGGCUUCAGCAUCCAAACCAAACAAAACACGGCUUUGAAUGUCCAUCACACUGGCCUUUACUCGAGAGAAACUGUUAGGAAUAGACAUAGUCGGGGAAAAAAAGAAUAGUUUAAUGAAAAUGACUCCAAAUUUGUGUCAAUCAGACAACAUUUAUUUGGAAUCUGAAGUAUUUAGUUUUGCACUGAUGCGUUGAGGCUUUGUGGCUACCAGUUUACUGCCUCCAAUCAGGAUUGUCAGGGAUCUCAGACAGCGAAUUUAAAGCAGCUGUAACUUGUUCUCUCAGCCUCGCUUUUUCUUUUUAAAGUCAAUACAACUAACAAAGAAAAACGCAGCUUGGCAUUUUGGAGUAACCAGAAAGCGUAAAAUGUCUGUUCUGAAGACUCCAUCAUGGAGAAAAACUUACUGAGUGUUAAAAAGCUCUGGAGACUCUUUCCUUUUCUGUAUCCACAGUUAAAUGCUUUACUGUAUUAAAUAACCAAUUUAUUUUUUUUUUUAAAUCUGAUUUAUGAGUCUUGGAUUAUAUGUGGCAUCCACCUUGAUCAAGUGUGUUACUAUAGCAACGACGUUAGAAUUUAGCGUACUAAAUAUGUAGGUCUAAGAGUCCAACAGCACAUACAUGAUAAUAUGCUUUCUAUUUCAUGUUUGUUUACAUUCUCUACUAUCCUGGCAAGUGUGUAAGUGCUCAACUGUGUCUGCUCAAUGCCUGUUAGUUACAGGAUCCUUCAGUGCAAAACUUAAAUAUCAAGCUUCAGGCACCAAAUAUAUCCUGGUUGAUAGACUAUUUGGAAAUAUUGUGGCAUUAACGUUUGACAAAUCUUGUCGCAGAAACGCCAUCUUUAUGAGGGCUCACACUAAACACACACACACGCGCGCGCGCGCACGCACCUUGAAAAACUCGCUCUCACAGACCCGCUCAAGCACAAACAGGCAUGAAGAUUACCCCACGUGCAUGAGUGCAUGCCUGCUGCCGUGCCAUCCACGUGCUGCCCACGUCAUUAAUAGAAACUAAGUGCAUGAAGGGGAAUCGAAUCUUAAUUGUGCCCGCACGUGUCUUACUUUCUUUUUUUUUCUUUUUUUUUUUGGUGUUUAUCCUGUUACUAUCGAACGAUUUAUCUUUAUAUUUCCUUUUCGUGUUCAUAUUUUCAAAUGUAUUUAUUUUUUAUCAAAUAAAAAAAACUUGUGAAUACAUACACGUGUCCAAAAAAUGACUGUAGCCUGUACAAGCAUGAGAGGAUGUUUUUUAUACCGGGGAUGUUUCUAAUUUUUAUUUUUACUCAUUAUGAUGGUUUCUAAUCAGAACAGUGGUGGAUUAUUGCAGCAUUGCUUCCUAUUAAAAUAUGAUCACACAAUCAA